ACCGCACCGCCACGCUGGCCUCCUUAUCCGCGGCAAUGGCCACACAACGCGCCUCCACAGCAGCAGCAGCGGCACGAGCCACGUCAACAACCUCGGCUACAACUUCGACCGUAGAAGUACGCUCCAUUGCAAGGAGGCGCCACCUAGGGUUUCUACGGAGGGGGAGAAAUCAGGAAGGAGGAGAGCGACGAUAAAGCUCGUGGGUAGCUAACGGUGUGAGCUCAAGUACCAUCUCCAAAGUGUCCCCAGCGGCUAAUGGGUAGAUCAUGUCCAUACCGACGUUUGCGGCAUUUGGCCGUUGUCAACGUCUCCAAAGUGUCAAAGUCGUUCCCUACGUCAUUUCGUCAAAAUCGAGCACUGUCGUGUUCUUAUCCGGUCCCGAACAAACAACCCCGCUUCUGCCGGCCGUUUUGGAGGCGUUGCGGCCAUGGCGGCUUCGAAGCCCAUCUUGUAUAGCGCGUGGAUCAGCUCCUGCUCCUUCCGAGUCCGGAUCGCCCUCAACCUCAAAGGUGUGGAUUAUGAGUACAGGGCUGUGACAAGGAACGAUCUAGAUUACGAAAAGAUCAAUCCAAUCAAGUAUGUUCCAGCAUUGGUUGAUGGGGAUUUUGUUGUUUCUGACUCCCUGGCAAUCAUAUUGUAUCUUGAAGAUAAAUAUCCUCAACACCCUCUUUUGCCUCAAGAUCUCAAAAAGAAAGCUAUAAAUCUGCAGAUUGCAAAUAUAGUUUGUUCAAGCAUUCAACCUCUUCAAUGUUAUGCUGUAAUUGGUCUGCUUGAUGGCACCUUAGGCUCUAACCAGAGCCUUCAGAUUGUUCGGAAUUACACCGACAAGGGAUUUAAAGCAAUCGAAAAACUUCUGGAAGGUUGUGACAGUAAAUAUGCUACUGGAGACGAAGUCCAACUGGCAGAUGUGUUUCUUGCGCCCCAGAUGUAUGCAGGCGUGACGCGCUUCGGAAUUGAUAUGUCAAAGUACCCUCUUCUGGAGAGGUUCUACAAAGCCUAUAUGGAGAUCCCAGCAUUUCAAGUCGCGGUUCCUGAAAAACAGCCGGAUGCGCCUGCGUCCCCAUACUGAAACGGAGGCAGCAACCAUAUUGAUAUUCAAAUUGAUUUGGUUAUCUUGGAAUCAUGUUGUAUGUAGCAUGACAUAGAAGGCCACGAUGUAUGCCUAUUUGUUUCGUACACAUUCUGGUUUGUCCGAAGAAUUUCACAGUAAAUAAGGCCCGAUGAUUUGUGUAGUAGUGUUAAUAGAAAAAAGAAACAGAAUGCAUGGCUCCUGUUGUACUACAUAUGCUAAAAAAAUCUGCGAUGCCAAA